CGAUUACAUGCACUGCAAGGAAAACAAACCAUAGCCAUUUUGAUGUGCCAGAGUGAUCGGGACCUGUCACUGCUCCCUGUCUAUGUGUAUGGGAGUCCGGGAUCCCCGGCAAGGGAGCAGGAAGGCAUGAUCUCAGAUUAAAUUGGCACCAAAGAAAAUAAGAGGAUAUAUCAUUUAUUGCUGUGAAGUCGUGAAAUAUUUAAUCCAGGAUGCCAACUGUAUCAGCUUUACCCAAGGAACUUUACCUUUCCCAUUCAUUGUCAGACCUGAAGAAAAAAGCAGAAAUCAAGCCUGACAAGACUAGCACAAAGAGCUAUGUUCAGAGUGCCUGUAAAAUUUUUCAGAAAGCAGAAGAGUGCAGAUUGGAUGGAGAUGAAGAAAAAGCCUAUGUUUUGUACAUGAAAUUUUUAUUUGUAUUUGAACUCAUUAAAAAAAGGUCAGAUUUCAAGCAAAACCAGAAAUAUUUCCAGUCCUUACUUGGGCCGUCUUCUAUAAGAAAAUCUGUUGAAGAAGCAGAAAAACUUUCUGAAAGCCUUAAAAACAGAUAUGAAGAAGCUGAAGUCAGAAAAAAACUUGAAGAUAGAGAAAGGCAGGAAAAGCAGCAAAAGCUGGAGGGAAAUCUGCCUUCCCAAGAUAUUGUCGAAAAUGCAUCUGAUCAGAGUGAAAAUAAUCAACAGUUUGUGAAUAGUGUGAAAAAAAAGACUUUAGCAACAAAACAAAUACCCAAUGUGCCUCCGGGGUCGAUUACCCCUGAAAAGCUGUUUGUAAUGAUGAAUGACCAUAAUAUCAAUGUGAUUAUAAUGGAUGCUCGAAGUACAACAGAUUAUCAGGAGUCUCACAUACAGCAUUCCAUAAGUGUGCCACAAGAAGCUGUCCAGCCUGGAUGCACUGCAAGCAAGAUUGAAAAUAACUUGCCCGAUUCAUCAAAAGAAAUAUGGGCUCAAAGAGGUAAUGCUGAUUAUGUCAUAUUGCUAGACUGGUUCAGUUCAGUAAAUGACUUGGCACUUGGAACAACCCUCCAAAGUUUAAAGGAUGCACUUUUUAAGUGGGAAACAAAAACUAUAUUACGAAGUGAACCUUUCAUUUUAGAGGGUGGUUAUGAGAACUGGCUACUUUGUUAUCCCAUGUACACCACAAAUGGGAAAGUGCUUGUGCCCAAGAGAAGUAAAACUGAAGCAGUCCCUGUGUCAUUGGACUUCAGCUACCCAUGCCUGGAAGAGCCACCUGCCCCUCCAUUACUCACACAUGUAGAGCUGCCUCCUGAACCUUCGAAUGAAAAUAACGAAGAAAAGGCUGAAGUCACUAAAACUGAGAAAUCUGAGGAACCAAUCAUUUUAAACACCCAAAAUCUAAGCCUGUUCCACAAGCUAGUCCUUCAGAUCCUCUGUAUUAAAAAACUGUUGAAGGUUUAUUCUUCUGACCUGCUCCAUUUAGUUUCAAACAAUGAAACCAAAAACAACCCAGUUAUAAAUGGAAAAAUUGUACCAGAUAGAUCAACGAAACCAUUAUUGGAUUCCAAACCUGCUGUAAAAUUAGAUAUGCAACAAUUUGAUAAAAACAUAAAUGAAAAAACACAAGAAAAACCGGAAGAACAUAAAAGUAAUGAAGAAGAUAAAACUGAAGUAGCUACUAAAGAGGCUUUUGAAGAAGAUAGGCCCAAAAGGGAGCCUUUGAUGCGAGCUCGAAGUGAGGAGAUGGGACGGACUGUACCUGGGAUGCCUGAAGGUUGGGUCAAGUUUCUUGAUGCUGUUACUGGCACCUAUCGUUAUUAUCAUUCACCAACACACACGGUUCACAUGUAUCCACCUGAGAUGGCUCCUUCAUCCACGCCAGUACAUAAAGUCAAGCCACAGGUUAAAACCGAUACUGAUCAGGAUCAAACAAAGUUAAAGCGUUCUUACUCUUCGCCGGAUCUAACACAAGCAAUUAAGGAUGAGGAGAAAAAGAAAACAAUACCGCUAAUUAAUCGUGAAAAUAAGCCAAUGACUCUAUCUAAAACGGAAAUUACAAAGUUGUCUGCAUCAAAGAUCCGCAGUCUAAAUCCUGUGUUUGGUGGUGUAGGUCCUGCUCUCACAGGACUGAGGAACCUAGGGAAUACAUGUUAUAUGAAUUCUAUUUUACAGUGUCUUUGCAACACACCACACUUGGCAGAGUACUUCCAUAAAAAUACUUAUCAAGCAGAUAUAAACAGGGCAAACCUUUUAGGUCAUAAGGGGGAAGUGGCUGAGGAAUUUGGCAGCAUCAUGAAAGCACUGUGGACAGGUCAAUACAAAUUUAUAAGUCCUAAGGACUUUAAAGUGACAAUUGGAAAAAUAAAUGACCAGUUUGCUGGAUACAGCCAGCAUGACUCACAGGAAUUGCUGCUAUUUGUUAUGGAUGGAUUGCAUGAAGAUCUCAAUAAGGCAGACAACAGGAAAAGAUACAAAGAAGAAAAUAAUGAUCACAUGAGUGAUAAUCAAGCAGCAGAGUUUGCUUGGAGGAAACACAAGGAACUCAACGAGUCAAUCAUUGUGGCACUUUUUCAAGGCCAAUUCAAAUCAACUGUUCAAUGUCUUACCUGCCAUAAAAAAUCUAGAACCUUUGAGGCUUUCAUGUAUUUGUCUCUGCCUCUUCCAUCCACCAGUAAAUGUUCUCUUCAGGAUUGCCUCAAGUCCUUUUCCAAGGAAGAAAAGCUAACAGAUAAAAAUAGAUUUCAUUGUAGUAAUUGUAAAACUCUGCGAGAUUCUCUGAAAAAAAUAGAAAUUUGGAAGCUUCCACCUGUCCUUCUGGUGCACCUAAAAAGAUUUUCUUAUGAAGGGAGAUGGAAACAAAAGCUUCAGACAUACGUGGAUUUUCCUUUGGAAGGUCUUGAGCUAUCGCAGUAUGUUAUUGGCCCAAAGUUUUUCAAGAAAUACAGUUUGUUUGGAGUAUCUAAUCACUAUGGAGGAUUGGAUGGAGGACACUACACAGCUUACUGUAAGAAUGCUAUUAGACAAAAGUGGUUUAAAUUUGAUGAUCAUGAAGUAUCAGACAUUUCAGCCUCAACUGUGAAAUCAUCUGCAGCUUAUAUCCUUUUUUAUACUUCUAUGGAUCUCCGAGCCACAGAGUGUUCUACAUAAAUAACUUUCUAUCAAAUUCUAGAUGCGGGAAUAAUGUUGAAAAAGUGCAGGAUGAUCACUGUUACAGAAGUCGGUGAAACAAGAAAUAUAUAUUUCUGAUCAUAGAUGAUAUCUAUUACAUCAUUUGAAACAAAUCGUAUAAAUAUCUAUAGUGUACACUUCACACUUUAACCCUUGUCAAGUUAAAUCAGCUUAUCAAGUAGUAAUAAAUAUCUUAAAAUGCCCUUAUUAAACCCUUAUGUAAAAUGUAUUUUCUUCUUGUUAUGCAAGUGCUCUCUUCUUCCCCUUUCUUACAAUUCUGCUCUGCUGUGAACCAGAACUGAUCUACACAAAUUUAGAAUGUAUUAUAAAUCAAUGGCUGCAAAAUUGCACUUCACUACCAUGUAUAAUGUAUACAUAUAUACAGUUUUUCUUUGCUAUGUAUUCUAUUUGCACAAAGAUACAUUUUAGCCUCUUUAGUAAGCUAUUUUUGAGGCCUCAUGUUCAGACUCAGUAGGCUAGGAUAAUGCCUAUAAGUAAAGACAGAUGUAUGCAGGUAAAAAGAAAAUGAUGCACUCCUUCCUAUAAAAUAUACAUUUUCUUUCCUGCUUUUGUUUUCCUGACUAUUGUAAAAUAAAAACUUUUAAUUUCCAAAUUCA